AACUGACCAUGGUCACCAACUGCAAAACCUAUGUCGGUCUGGCUCAAAUGGCAUAUGGAAAAACAGGGAAAUUAGCAGUUGAAUUAAGUGUGAUCGGGUUAAUGCUGGGGACCUCCAUGGCAUUCUUUGCAGUAAUAAAUGAACUCGGAGCCAACCUGGUGCAGGUAGUGAGUGGAUCCUCGCUGCUGGCUCGCUGCCUGGACACCGUGUCCUCCGGGCGACUGGCAACACCGCAGAUCCGCUUGUGGCACUGGUCUGGGAUCACCACCUGCCUGCCGAUAUUUGGGAGCAUGUUCAUCUGUCAGCCACAAGUGCUUCCAACGUACUUCAGUCUGAAAGAGCGGUCAGUGGAACGAAUGGAAUUGGCCUUCAAGCAAGCAAUCACCAUCAGCUGCACUUUCUAUACAAUAGUGGGACUCUGUGGCUACAUUCCUCUUCCGCAAACUGUACCUGGAAACAUCCUGGCGACUUUACCGUCGACCACGGCCAUAGAUUACGUCCGCCUGAUGUUUCUCUUCUCUAUGGUCAUGAGCUUCCCGCUGGUUGUGUUACCGUGCCGACAAGCCAUCAACACACUGCUUUUCGAACAGCAGAGAGAAGAUGGGACUUUCUCAGUGAGUGGUGAUAUGCCAAGACAGCGGCACGUGAUUGUCACAGUGUUGGUGGUUUUCUCCACCAUGACCGUAGGUGCUCUGGUGCAGGAUGUGGAGACUGUGUUCGGAGUAAUCGGAACCACCGCUGGAAGCAUCAUCAGUUUAAUUUGCCCACCAAUAAUCCACGCAAAGCUACACAGAUAUACAUCAGCUGGAAGGGUCAUUCUGGGAGUUGGAAUCUUCCUCCUUCUCAUUCGUGUGAGCAGUGUGACAGUUUUAGAGGGAGUAGAAAUCCACGGGAAGCCAGUCCGGAAAUCCAUAACCAGUGAUGUUUUGACACACAACCAUACAAAGCACAGUGUCAGAGAACAGGUCUUGCCAGUGUUGGUGAGUAAUGAUGAAGGUAGGCAGAUGAGACCAAACGAGGGAGGGCCAACCUACAAACAAGGAGAAAAGAAGGAACCAAGUCAUACAGUUACCGGUGACAGUGAGACAGCAAUGCUGAGAGAGGCUGGUUUAGCGACAUCGCCAAGUAAAGGGGAAAAUCUAAGAAAACCAAGAACAACUUUAUUGAGUGACCGAAUGACAGGGACCAAAUUAGAUCGGGUGUUGGAGGAAGAACGAAGCUACGGACAAGGAGUAAAGGAGAAACGUGAUGACAUUAACGAAAGCAGCAGCAAUGAAGGACUUCAGCCUACAGAGGCUGGGUGAGUGAUGGCACCAAGCAGUUAGGGAAAAGGCUAAAAGAACUGAAAACAACUAGAGGCAGAAAAGCAGCCACACCUUCAUCACAACAAAGGACAAGGGUGGAACUGGAACAGGUGUGAGCAGGAACUCAAAGUGAUUGUGUCGACCUGAAAUUGAAUCAGAAAUUCCCAUGGAGCCUCCACUCACUAUGUAAUCCCACAUAAAACAGGACUCUCUCUCUCUUGGGUGACAGGGUGGAUUGUAAAAUCGCUCUGAGACUCUAACCCCAUGUGGAGGGUGCUAUUUAAAUUAAAAUUGUUGUUGUUGAAGAUGAUGUUGUGGAAAUGGGU